AUGAAGAUACCAGAGCUCAGUGACGCCAGUCUUAAUGGCCUUCGCUCCUUUGACCAGCUGAGCUUGGUCAACGCAAUCGAUUCUCUCCGCUCGUCCGGCAUAGACCAUUACGUUUCGCUUCCUCAGAUUAUUGUUUGCGGGGAUCAGUCCUCUGGCAAAAGCUCCGUCCUUGAGGCCAUUUCCGGGGUUCCUUUCCCGAUCAAGAGCACAAUCUGCACCCGAUUUCCCAUCGAGCUCGUUCUUCGAAAUGCCCCGGUCGAAGCCCUCGAAGUCCGCAUCAUCCCGCACCAGUCACGUUCGGAAUCCGACCAGCAAAGCCUGCUCUCUUUCAACAAAACGCUCGAAAGCUUCUCGGAUCUCCCGGAGCUCAUAAACUCAGCCAAGUCGGCCAUGACUAUUUUGACUCCAGGGAUGUCCUUCUCGCGAGACAUCCUUCGUGUCGAGAUCCACGGUCCCGACCGCCCGCACUUGACAAUAGUCGACUUGCCGGGGAUGAUCCAUUCCGAGACCAAGGAUCAGUCUGUCGAUGAUGUGACCCUCAUUCAAGAGGUGGUGCAAGGUUACAUGAAGCAAGAGAGAACAAUUAUUCUUGCUGUCGUCUCUGCCAAGAACGACCACGCGAACCAAAUCGUUCUUCGCCUAUGCCGGACCAUUGACCCCAGGGGUCGUCGCACUCUCGGCAUCGUUACAAAACCAGAUACUCUGCUUCAGGGAUCCCCCACUGAGCAAAAGUUCAUCUCGCUUGUGAAGAAUGAUGACAUCAAGUUCAGCCUUGGCUGGCACGUGCUCAGAAAUCUCGACUCUGAAGAGGGCAGUUAUUCGCUCGAACACCGCAACGCUAGGGAGGAGUACUUCUUCUCACGGGGCAGUUGGGCGGGUAUCCCUGCUUCGUCUCUGGGAAUCAAGAAUCUGAGGAGCAGGUUGAGCAAGUUACUCGUCCAACAGAUUGCGAUCGAGCUCCCUGCUCUGAUAACCGAGAUAGGAGCCAAGUCGUCUUGGUGCAUCAGCCAACUCAAUCAGAUGGGCAAGCCUAGAGAGAGUAUGGACGAGAAGCGAGCUUAUCUGGUUCAGCUCAGCCAGAGCUUCCAAAGACUAGUGACCGCUGCUACUGAAGGCACCUACAACGACAAAUUCUUUGCCGACGCCACUACGGGCUUCGACAAGCGACUUCGCGCGGUCAUCCAGAAGCUAAGCAUCUCUUUUUCUACAGAUAUGCGUAAGAAUGGACGUGGAUAUGUUGUGUCAUCCAAAGGUAAAACAGCUGGGUGUAAAGCCCGAGUCCUUACUCACGACCAACUCUGCGAGGAAGUCAUGGAUCUAGUUGAGAAAACUCGCGGACGGGAGCUUCCAGGCCUUCUUAACCCGAUGAUUAUCUCAGACCUCUUCCGCAAGCUUUCUUCUCCUUGGGAGGCUAUAGCCUCAUCAUAUGUUGAGAAGGUUUGGAAGGCCACGCAGACCUUUCUCAAUCAAGCUCUCAAAGCUGUCACAGACAAUGGGACCGCGGAGGCCAUCAUGAAUGUCGCCCUAAGGCCUAAACUUGCCCGGAUCCGCGAAGACCUCCAUAUCAAACUGAAUGAGCUCCUGCAACCACAUCGAGAGGGUCAUCCCAUCACAUAUCGCGAUAACUUUGAAGAAGGUUUACGCAAGGAUAUUAUCGCGGAAGAAGCCAUCAGCAGUGCAAUUGAGGGAAAGCUAAGGCAGUACCUCAAUACAGAGCCCUCAUCGCCUUCGGUCUACAUUUCAGGUUCCAUCGAUUUGCAAGGUUUGCAUAGAGAACUCUUGGAACUUCAUCGCCCAUACUUUGAAAAUGCCCGAUAUAAUGCAAAAUGUGCAAUAAGCUACGUUGAUAAAUACUAUGAGGUCGCUCUAGGAAGGUUGAUUGACGAUAUUGCUGUUCAAGUCAUCGAGUCCAACCUAGUCUCCGCGCUUGAACAGAUUCUAGAUCCGUUAACCAUUGUGAAGAUGACAGAUUCUGAAAUCAAUCAAAUCGCGGAUGAGACCGAGGAAACCCGCGAAGCCCGGCAGCUUCUGCAAAAACAGCUGGACACCCUAAAUAAAGGAACAGACAUCUUUCAAAGGCACCAGAAGUCGGGCAUCUUCACCUUGGCCACGGAGCUCCAACAACAGAUGGACAAAGAGUCUUCUUGGAACUCUGAAAGUCUUGGGGCCGAGACAGAAGAGAGAGAAGACUCCGCAAUUGCAGAUGGGGUGCAAUCCAUAUCGGAUGAACUCCCAGAGGAACAUGAAGCGACAGCCCUACAUGAUGACGAAAUUGGCGCCAAAGCGGAAGGCCUAGAUGUUGAGGAAGAAGCAGAACUUGCAGAGCUUGAAAAGAAAAAGAUCAAACGCGGUAGACUUACGGUAAAAAGGGAUCGCGACCGAUAUGGUUUUCUCAAAGCAAAGGAAAUGGCGGUCUAG